AUGGUUGCUAAGGUCGCUACACUCUUCUGUGUUCAGGCGUUAUUUAUGCAGAUGACGUUAGGACAAAUCGGCCGUUUAGUGGGAUCAGCUACUUCUGCUGCCGGCGGUGUCCUUGGUGGCGCCACUGGAGCACGUGGCGGGGUCAACGGACUUACUGGACUUAUCGGAUCCAAUGCAUUAGGUGGACUUACCGGACUUGCUGGAUCCGGCGGACUUAGCACAGUUGGAAGCGUAGCAGGAGGCGUAGCUGGAGGCUUAGCUGGAGGCGUAGCUGGAAGCGUACUUGGCACCGUAGGAAGUGGAGUUGGCGCGGUACCAGGACUUGGCAAGGUGAGAUCAGGCCGUAGUGUAGGUAACGGCGAUCUUGGUGUAUUAUCGGGCCUCAGCAUUGUUAACGGUGGUCUUGGAAUUCCUGGAUCUGGUCUUGGCGCUGUGAACAAUGGAAUUGACUUGGCAAGCCUCGGUUUGGGUAACAUUGGGAUUGUAGUCAACAACGCCGCAAAAGGUAACGCUGGCGUAGUUAGCAAUUCUGUACCCACAUACAUAAAUCUUGCAUCUCUUUCUAACGGUGGUACGUUACCCAUCUCUAGUUAUGGUUCAGUAGUACCUAAUGGUCUUACUGUUUUAUCUGAUAACGCAAUUGAAGGGGCUUUGCUGGUCAACGGUCAAUUGCCAUUCUUAAGUGCUGUGGCCUUCGAUGGUUCGUUACCAUCUACAGGAGCUGGCGCUGCAAAUUGUGGAUGUGGAAGUAUUGGAAAUGUGGGUGUAAUAAGUGAGAAUUAUGGCCUCAAUGCCGGUCUUAAUGGACUUGGUGUGGGUCUGAAUGGACUCGGUGUGGGUGUAAAUGGACUUGGUGUCCUUGGCGGAGGUAGUCCCCGCGUUGGUGGACUCGGUUUGGGGAAUGCGUUUGGACAAGUCUCUGGAUUCGGAAAUAAUUUAGUACUGGGAAACAACUUAGGAACUAAUAAUUUGGCAAAUAGCUUGGCUAAUAAUAUAGGCAAUAAUUUAGUUGCUAACAAUUUAGCUGCAGAUAAAUUUGCAGGAAAUAAUCUAAUUGGAAACAACGUAAUAGGUAACAAUUUAGUCGGUAAUAAUCUUUUACCAAAUAAUUUCAUAGGAAAUAAUGUAGAAGCUAAUGCUAAUGCUGUAGCUUCAAGUAGUUUAGCUAAUAAUAACUUAGUUGCCAAUAGUUUAGCCAGUAGCAACAUUGCUGGAAAUCUAGCAGCUAACAGUUUAGUUGCUAAUAAUAUCGUUGGAAAUAAUUUAGCAACAAACAAUUUUGGUGCAAAUAACUUAGCAACAUCUAACUUUGCAGUUAAUAACUUGGGUAAUAAUUUAGCAUCCAACAAUAUUUUAUCAAACAAUUUAGCUGUAAAUAGUUUAGCAUCAAGUAACUUGAUAACAAAUAAUUUAGCUACAAACAAUAUAGGUCAUAAUGUAGUUAAUAACGUACCAAUAAAUAACAUAGCGAAAGAUAUUUCUGGUAUAUCAGGUGUAUCAGGCAUAACCCAGAAUGCUCUUGGGGAAAUAUCUGUUACUGGUGAGAUUCCUGUCAGCGGUACAACUGGGUUAUCAGGCAAUAUGCCUGUUAUUGGAUACGUAACGUUUGAAGGAUACGUACCGGUUGGAGGCUCCGUCUCUGUUGCCAAUAAUUGUGAAUGUUUAACUUCAGGAAAUCAGAGUUAA